AUGGAUGUACCUAUCUUACCACCCGGUGCAUGGAAUUCCCAUAUGCACUGCUUCGACCCGGAGCGCUACCCUUUCAAAACAACGCGCGCGUAUACCCCGCAGCCAGCAGUACUGAAGGACCUGAUCCAGAACUCCAAGGCUGAUAAUGUGAUGCUUGUACAGGCGACCAUUGAAGAUGGGUAUACAGGCUUGCUUGAACAUCUGCAGCAAUGCCGGGACCAGCAUCCUGCUAAGCAUGUCCGCGGGACUAUCUUUUGGGAUCCUGGAGAUUUAGGAUUGAAGAGCCUCACGGAAUUUGAGUUUGAGAAGCUGCAUAACGCAGGGGUUCGAUCUGUGAGGAUUCAUGGAUCUUAUGGCGGUUCUGGGGACGACGUGUCUUGGGUGAUUCAGCAAUUUCUGGAGGUUGCUUCUCAUUGCCCUCUACGUAGAUACAACUGGAGUAUCUCUGCCCAAUUACCCCUCGCGACAUGGUCUUUAAUUGCAGAAACCCUGUCUUCCCAUCCAAACCUCAAAGACAUCCCCAUCAUCAUCGACCAUAACGCCUCCACAACACCAUCCUCCAUCAACACCCCCGAAUUCACAUCCCUUCUGAACCUCCUCUCCUCACCAAAUAUGUACAUCAAACUCGGCGCCCUCCACCGAAGAAGCAAGCAAAUCUCCCAAAUGGAGCACAUAGUAAAAACCAUCGCAAACACUGCGCCUGACUCGAUCCUUUGGGGAAGCGACUGGCCGCACUGCAACGCAGCGAUCCGAGGACUUACCCCGACGCCGCCGCUUGAAGUUGACACGGACCUGGAGCUUGGACUUUUGAGGGAUUGGCUUAUGGAUGAGCAGUGGGAGCGUAUGCUUGUUCUGAACCCCGAACGGGUACUCGGCACGCGGGGAUGA